AUUCGGCCCAGACAACACACAGAGGCAACGUCGUCUGCUCACUGUGGCUGUGACGGCGGCGAAGCUAAUUUUUCAAUAUUUUUUCGUUGCAAGUAUUUUUAGAAACAAGUUUCUGAAUAAGAAAAUUUUAGAUUGCCAGUUUUGUCGGUCAGGCAUGCUGCAAUUUCCACAAAAAAUCAACGCAUUUGUUAAAUAAAUUUAGUUAAAGUGAUCUAAAGUUUGUCAUGUGCGCCAAAUCGGUGUUGUGUCCAUUGUGUACAGUGCCCAGUUUCAACAGCAUUGAAGCACUGCAGCAGCGCCUCAUCAAGGCAGCAAAUGGACCGCUGGCCUGUCCGUUUCCCAACUGUAAGGAGUUGUUUCUGGGAUUGGAUAAGCUAACGAUACAUUUGUUUAGCCACACCAGCCUGAUGAGUACGCCAGAGGAGAAAACAGCACCGCCAACAACUACAACCACAGUUGCUGUGGAUCAGACAGUCAGCUCAUCAGCAGCCAUCACCAGCAACCUGCCUAGUGCGCCUGCUGUUGCAAAGCGACGUGGAAAAAAGUCGCGUGCCAAAACCCAAGUGGAGCCCAUGGUGGCAGUGCCGCCACCAACUCCAGCUCGUUGUGACAUUUGUGAGUUCAAUUUUCGCAACGAGGAGUUGCGUGAUAUACAUAUACGGCUGGUGCAUGAGAAUGCGGAGAGCAUGGAACUGCCCUUGGGACGUGAGCAAGAGCCCUAUAAAUGUCAUUUGUGCUCCAAGACGUUUCGCAUGAAGGGCUCGCUGCGUGUACAUCUCAAGGUGCUGCAUGCCGUGGGCACCAGCAGCACUAUCAACAGUAAUAACAGCAGCAGCAGCAGCAGUAAUAACAACAACAACAGCGCCAAUGGGCAUGUCAUUAGCCCCACACCCAAGAUAAGCAUUUGCGAUCGCAUACGCCACAAGGAGGCAACUGCGGCGACCAAUGGCCAAGCAGUGACCACCAGCAGCAGCAACAGUCAACCUUAUGCCCUGAGCGGUGCCAUAUGCAUGCUGCGGCAGGAACAGACUAGCGCAGCGGAGGAGUACGGGAGCGCGCCCAAGAACUGGGAAUGCGAUGUCUGCGCCAAGCUUUUCACCACCAAAUACUUUUUGAAGAAGCACAAGCGACUGCAUACGGGCGAGAUGCCCUACACCUGUCAGUACUGUGCGCGCACCUUUACCUUUCAGCAAUCCUAUCACAAGCAUUUACUCUAUCACAGCGAGGUGAAGCCGCACGCCUGCAACAUAUGUGGACGGGCCUUCAAGGAGCUAUCGACGCUUCACAAUCACCAGCGCAUCCACAGCGGCGAGAAACCCUUCAAGUGCGAACUGUGUGGUAAAUGCUUUCGACAACGCGUGUCCUUUCUGGUGCACACACGCAUCCACACGGGCGUCAUGCCGUACAAGUGCGAGCAGUGCCAGAAGACGUUUCGAUAUAAGGUGUCACUACGCACCCACAAAUGCACCGCCAGCAAGGAUAGCACAGACAAUAUACAGACACCGGAGCAGCUUAUCGAUGCAUUGCUGGAAUCAAAUGCUGAGGUGCAUCAACCGCAUUUAGAGCAGUCCUCAGCCAGCACGGUUGUUAACGGCGGGGAACAGGAGGCGCUGCUGUCACAGACCAUUGACGACAUUGUGGUUGAGAGCUGCGAAAAACUUGGCUUAUGUGGUAUGGAGCCACUGCAGCCGCAGGCCGUGUUGUUGGAUAGCGGCGUGCACUUUGAGGGAAGCAGCUCGCCACUGCAACAGCUGCAGAAUCUGCAUUUGCAGCCCACGGAUCAGCCCAGCUCUGAUGGCGAGCUCUUUCAACGUUAUCUCAUGGACGCCACGUAGCUGCUAAAAUGUGUUAUUUAUUCUUUUUUGUUUUUGUACAGU